GAAAGGUUUACGUUAUCAGCCUCGCCAUACAAUAAAGUAUAAAGGCCUAUAACUGAAGUCCAGCACACCCACACUCACAAAGAGCACAGGUUACUCGACGGUCCCAUCAUGAAGUCGCUUUUAAUUCUGUUCUGUGUUGUUGGAUUGAUUCACUCAGCGCACAGUGGCUGUAUUUCUUGUAAGGGUGGGACUCCCGAUGCCUCAUGUGAUGAUCCAUAUUCUCCUUCGGGACCUGAAUCUGCAGCUUGCAGUUCUUUCCACAGGGAUCUGUGCACCAAAUACGGCGGCAGCUACAAAAUCUCCUGUGGUGAUAUGUACUCCGCUUUCAGCUGUACGGUAACUUGCGGUGCCGGACCAAUAACGCCCAGCCUCCUCCUCAUUUCUACAGUCAUCGCUUUCGCAAUCAAGAUGGUGCAUUGAUAAAAAAAGUGUUUGUCGAAUCAACUGGACGUUUGAUUUUCUUUUUGAUAUAUUUUUAAUUGUUUUUUUAGUUUUUGUCAUUGGUUAUUUUAUCGACAGUUACUGAAUAUGAACAUGCAUGUGUUACAGGGUUAUCAUUGUAUAACAAAGUGUUAGCGGUGGACAUAAGUUACUAUAACAGGAGUUACGUCCCUUAGUGGAUCAUAUGUCAGAGCGAACCUCACGGGGAGCCCAGUGUUAUGAAAUGUUUUACUUGAAUUUACCUGUGAGACAGAAAACGUACCACGUGUAUUGUUUGUAUUACCCUUUAUUUUGCACUGUUCAGUCUAUAUUAUCAAUUUUCCAUGAUACUAUUAUCUUCUAAAACCAGAGACUAUAAUAAUAGACAAUCCUGUUGAAUGGUGUCUGUUAAAACACCAGUUGUGACCACUAUGAGUAGCCUGUAUUUGUGUACAUGAAUAAACCAGUGAAACAGAGAAGG